AUGUUGACAGUGUGCGGCUGUAGGGACACCAGGCAGCUGCGAGACAGACAGACAGACAGACAGACAGACAGACCGACAGACCGACAGACCGACAGACCGACAGACCGACAGACCGACAGACCGACAGACAGACAGACAGACAGACAGACAGACAGACAGACAGACAGACAGACAGACAGACAGACAGACAGACAGACAGACAGACAGACAGACAGAGUUAUGCAUAAAUAACACAGCCGGACAAGCAAGCCAGCUAUCGUGACUUGACCUCUGCACCCUGGCAUCUGGUGAUCUGCCAUGACCUCUGCCGAUCUCUGACGAAGACUCUGGUGACCUCUGGCGACCUUUGACGACCUUUGACGACCUCUGAAGACUCUGGUGACCUCUGGCGACCUCUGAAGGCCUCUGACGUGACAUCUGGGGACAUCUGAAGACUUCUGGUGACCUCUAACGACAUCUGGCGACCUCUAGUGAACUCUCGUGACCUCUCCGUCUGGUCACCGCCCAUGCUUUUGCCGCUCAGCCGGCGCCGGGCUAUUCAGACUAUGAAAUAUUCGAAGCACAUUGUUGUAUGGCUGGCUCUCAUCACGCUCAUAAAGAUCCACGUUAGUUCGGAAACACCACACAAAGCUGCUCUCGUUUGGGACUAUGAACGCACCACGAAAUCGGUGGUUUCGACCACCACGACUACAACGACUCGGCAAACGACCACACCUUGGGCCGGCGAAGAAGCUCCGGAGCUGAUUCCCUGGCAGCUGUUCAACUCCCGAUCUCUCUGGGACAUUGGACACCAGUCUCCUCAACAGACCCUCUCCGGUCCCCUUCUCUACGACGUCCGCUCCGCCGUGGAUGCUGCCAUCGCCCGACUGAACCAGGGGCUCUCGACGCCAGUCAGUCAUGAAAAUCGCAAACCCUACACGAGGGCUGACUUACUGGACGGAAGGCACAGAUAUCUGCCCGGUCUCGGGUCCGAGUAUGUGAUCAACUUCGUCGGCAGGGGGUCGGCGAGAACGGAGACAGUACGACUGAAGCGGCCGGUGGGUCAGCUGAUGUCUACGAAAUCGAAGAGCGGCUCUGGGGAGGUUAUAAGACUUGUUGUACCCUACUAUCACGAGCCGAAGACUUUCGGCGCGUUCUUGGCUAACCUGGCGCACCUGAUUUUAGAAAAGAACGAACCCCUUGAGCUGCUCCUCAUCUUUUACUGGCGUGGAUCUCCGGCAGCAGAAGCCUCUGAAGUCUUGCGCGACAGGAAACGCGUCGGGGCGGCUCUCGACAAACUGAACCACCACGCCGGCCGCACUGUGGCGCGUUUGGUCGACGAAAAGAGACUAUUCUCUCGCGGCCAUGCCCUGCUGCGAGGCGCCGAACAGCCCGGUGCUAACGGAGGUGACGUCCUGCUCUUCUUCUGUGACGUCGAUAUGUUCAUCAGUACUGACACGCUGCGACGCUGUCGCACCAACGCCAUACCGGGAAAGAGUGUGUACUACCCAAUCGUCUUCAGCACGUAUAACCCGUCGCUGCGCGCCAUGGCCUGGGACAAACCUCUCGAAUCUCCCUGGAAGUAUCAUCCCGUCACACGAGAUGUAGGUUUCUGGAGAGACUUUGGAUACGGCAUGACGUGCCAGUAUCGCUCCGAUUUCCGUCGCGCGGCAGGGAAAUAUCUCAUCUCUAACACAUGGGGUGGUGAAGAUGUGCACCUCUUCAAACACCACCGCCGAACGGGGAUCGAGGUGGUGCGUGCACCAGACCCCGGACUGGUGCACGUGCACCAUCGUGCCAGGUGUGACAUCAGUCUGACACCAGGUGGUGCGGGAUGGUGCGGCGGCUCGCAACUACUCACCGAGGCCUCGUCGGGCACAUGGGCACGAUGGGUACACAAAAUGCAACAGGGACGUAUGAGUCUGGUAGUGCCUGAGGAGUAAAUGUCGCUGAAUAAAAGGAGAUUGAUGCUUGUCCUGUAAUGCGAGUUUCAAUCGUUGAAAUUCGCACGUUGACGAGUGGUUUCAUGCAACUCCGUCAGAUGCUAUCUGCUUUAUAUGAAACCGUCACAUUGCUUUGUUGAAGCCUGACAUUGUACAGGAUAAAGCUUUGAAAAAGUAUAAUAUUUGUUAUGACCUUUUCCUCGAAUUAAGAAAUGUGAAAAUUCGAAAGUGACGUAGGUAUUCUAAUGGUUGAAAUUUCGCCCACAGGGCAUCGUCAGAGACAAGCAAAUAGCAUCGUGCAAACAUGUACAAAUCAAAUAUCUUGCAAUUGCCGAGCCAUAAAUGUCACAUAAAUGGCUCGGCAACAGCAAGAUAUUUGAUUUGCACAUGUUUCCUCAAUGCUAUUUGCUUGUCUGACGAUGUCCUGUGGGCGAAAAUUCACCCAACCAAUAGAAUACGUCACUUUCGACUUUUUACAUUUCUUAAUUCGAGGAAAAGGUCAUAACAAAUAUUAUACUUUAUUAUAACAAGAUGUUACUCGCGAGAGCACUCAACAACCUAUCAGGGUAAAGCUUAUAUAACUCUAAUAAAAUCCGUUGGUAUGUGUCAAAAAGGCUGUAUUUUCAAUAGAUCAUGCGAUGCGCGAUACGAUACGAUGCUUUGUUGUAACUAAAUACCCCAGUCUUUUUUGUGGUUGCUACUUGUUAUUGUUGUUGUUGUAGCUUCUUUUCAAGGUGGCACACGCAGUAAGGUGAUAUUUCACGUCUUUGCUGCUGUGUUGCUUCGUGAUAUUACUAAUAAUAUAUUUCAAUGGAUGCUGG